UUCACAUCUCACAAACCAAACCAACAGAGAAAAAAUUCUCUAUUCUUACUGUUCUUCUGCACUUUAUUCUUAAUUAGUUUUCUAGUCAUCGUUUAUCCGCAAGGUUAGUCGUUUUCUCAUAAGAAUGGCCAGAAAUACCAUUGUGAUUUUUGACUUUGACAAGACCAUCAUCGAAUGUGACAGCGAUAACUGGGUCGUCGAUGAAUUGGGUGCCACAGAUCUCUUCAAUCAGCUUCUCCCAACCAUGCCAUGGAACUCUCUCAUGGAUUGGAUGAUGAUGGAGCUUCAUGAGCAAGGAAAAACCAUUGAGGAUAUUGCUCAAGUUCUUAAUAGGAUCCCCAUACAUCCCAGAGUUGUUCCUGCCAUUAAGGCCGCUCACGCUCUUGGGUGUGAAUUGAGGAUUGUGAGUGAUGCAAAUCUGUUCUUCAUUGAGACAAUGUUGAAGCAUCUUGGGCUGAGGGAGUACUUUUCCGAGAUCAACACAAAUCCCAGCUUUGUUGAUGAACAAGGAAGACUUCGGAUUCAACCUUUUCAUGAUUUCAAAAACUCCUCACAUGGCUGCACUACUGGCACCUGCCCUCCUAAUAUGUGCAAGGGUGCGAUUAUAGAAAGAAUACAGGCCUCUGUGGCAGCUGAAGGCAACAAAAGAAUCAUCUACUUGGGUGAUGGAGCUGGUGACUAUUGCCCAAGCCUGAAGCUGAAAGAGAGUGACUUUGUGAUGCCAAGGAAGAAUUUCCCAGUAUGGGACUUAAUUUCCAAGAACCCACUUCUCAUCAAGGCCAAAAUCCAUGAAUGGACUGAUGGUGAGGAGUUUGAGAAUGUUCUACUCAGCCUUAUUGACACCAUUUCCAUUGAUGAGAAGUCUGCUUUCACUAGAACUUACUUCAAAAUGCCAAGCAAUAUUGAUGUUUCAGCCAUACCUAAAGUACUCCCAGUUCAGCAGUAGACCAAUACCAUAUAUUAGAUUUAUAACAUAAUUAUUAUCCCAAUAAUGUAAUCCCUAUAGCCCAGAUUCGGAAGCAUUGAUUUUUUUUAUUCUUUAAUUAUUUUUCCCUUUUUCUUUUGGGAUUUAGAGACAAAAGUUCUUACUGUUCUGUGCUGAAAUUACUGACCAUAUUACAAUCAAUGUUUUAGACUUCUAAGAAUUCUGUCUUUUCUUCCAUCUCUCCUUUAUUUAAUACAACAUUCCUACGGUAGAACUAACUUGACCAUGAUU